ACUUUUGAGGGACCAGAAGUAAAUUACCUUACCUGUUUGCUGGUUCAGAUUUUGACCAUUUUGUCCUUUGUCGUCACCAAGAGGACUAUCUUCAGAUUUUUCUCACAUGGUGAAUGCUAUUCAUACAUAUAAUGGAUUAUUUUCCAUUAUAUAUAUGUUUAGUCACUGUAAACAAUGUACAAUAACCUUUUUUUUUUUAUCUCUGCUAAAAGCUGAUCUUCUCCCAUUGGAGUCCGGUUCUUGACAACUGAGGAGAUUUUCUUCAACUUUAUCCAAUUCUUCAAAUUUACAGUUACCCAGAAUUUGCAAUCCCAUACAGUUGCUAAUACGGGGAGCGUGCAGUGGUUGAAUAAUUUUGAUUACACCAGUGAAAUUCCCUGAAACUAUGAGUACUAGUGUAACAAAAUCCAUGCCAAAUGGCUUGGAGAAUUCUUUGAAACCGGAAGAAGAACGGAACAAGAUUGAUGAGAUGAGAAAGUUGAUUGGGCCACUUUCAGGUAAGUUGGCCCUUUACUGUUCUGAUGCAUCCAUUUCAAGAUAUUUAGCAGCUCAAAGCUGGAACGUAAAGAAGGCAGCUAAGAUGCUUAAAGCGUCCCUGAAGUGGAGACUGGAUUUCAUGCCUGAAGAAAUUCGCUGGGAUGAUGUGGCCAGUGAAGCAGAAACAGGCAAAAUUUAUAGGUCAAACUAUAAAGACAAGCAUGGGAGGCCAGUUCUUGUCAUGAGACCUCGUUGCCAGAACACUAAGUCUCUAGAAGGACAGAUGAAGUAUUUAGUAUAUUGCCUGGAAAAUGCAGUUGUAAAUCUCCCAAAAGACCAGGAACAGAUGAUUUGGUUGAUCGACUUUCAUGGAUUCACUCUGUCAAACCUCUCAAUCAAGGUGACAAAAGAAACAGCUCAUAUUUUGGAAGACUAUUAUCCUGAAAGACUGGGAAUAGCUAUUUUAUAUGAUCCACCCAAAAUAUUUGAACCAUUUUGGAAGCUAGCAAAGCCUUUUUUGGACCCAAAGACUGCGAGCAAAGUCCAUUUUAUGUACUCAGAUGACCCCAACAGCAAGAAAAUGAUGGAAGAAAUGUUUGACAUGAGUCUGGUGGAGUCUGCAUUUGGCGGAGAUGAUAAGGCUGAUUUUGAUGUCAAUAAAUAUGCUGAGAGGAUGAGAGAAGAUGAUGAAAAGUUGUCUUCUUUCUGGAAGAAAGACGAUAAUUCUGCAUCAAAUGCACAACUUACUGUGACAGCUGAUCCCUCUUUAGAGCCAACAAAUUCUGAUUCUGAUUCUGAAGUCUUAGAUGAGAAAGUAGAGAAACCUUCUCUUGAUGUUGAUGAAGAAGAAUCAUCAAUUGAAGAAACUUUGCCUGGAAGUAACAGUACAAAUGCGAAUGUCAAAGCAGUGUAGCUAAAGGCAAUGUCUUCAACUUUUUAGUUUUGUAAAUGCUCACAAGAUGGGCAAUUUAACCAUUUCUCCAAAUGGUUCAGAACUGAAGUGUACUUAGCAGAGAACAUAUUAAUCAAGGUGAUGUAAUGAGUGAUAUGCUAUAAAAUGAAUGUUGUGCCUCUUUAUACUAGGUAGUUCUUUUGAA